AUGGUUGUGCCUCAUCUUAGCAAUUCCCCCGAGAUCGGGUACAUGCCAGACCGCGAUAGAUACCUAGCACGCCGACAACAAAGACAAGCGACUGAGAAUCUUGACAAAAAACUUCUCGAGGGAUUUCCAUCGCAAUUAACUGGCAGCCUUGUAUGGAAUCCCGAGAAUCUAACCAAUACCUACGACUGGAACUACCAUCUCACCACCGCGGAUCUCGAGGAGAUCAAUGCUGCCCUCCGGCACUUCCAGGCAUUGAAUAGGCCAAUGGGCGAGCUCUUGCCUGCGACAUUUCCCUUGCCCAAGCUACACAGUGCGUUGCGCGAAAUCUCCAACGAAGUUCAUAAUGGACACGGUUUCAAAGUCAUUCGCGGCCUCCCAGUGGACAAUUACACUCGUGAGGAGAACAUCAUCAUUUAUACCGGCUUGUCAUCGCACGUUGCACCAAUACGUGGCCGCCAAGACAAUAAAUGGCAAGGCAAGCCUGCUGAUGUCCUUGUUGCCCACGUUAAGGAUCUCAGUCACGGCUGCACUAGCAAGGAAAUCCCCGGGCCCGUUGUCACCGCAGACAAACAAGUAUUCCAUACUGAUGCAGGCGAUGUUAUUGCACUUUUCUGUCUCAGUGAAGGCGAAUCUGGCGGCGAGAGUUUCCCUUGCAACUUCCCGACCCUCUCCCGCCUCGAACUCCAUACCAAACUAAAGAAGAGGAAACUGAAAAAUGUGUCCGAUCCUAGCUUUGCCCCGACUGAGGAUGUGUACAAGUUGCGUCCACUGCUGUAUUAUCAGCCUGCAACUAAGACCGACCUUGAGCGGCUUAUCAUUCAAUAUUCACGAAGGAACUUGACGGGCUAUUUGGAAUGCAAGCGGUCGGCGAACAUUCCACCGCUUACUGAAGCACAGGCAGAAGCGUUAGAUGCUGUUCAUUUCACAGCUGAAGAAAACGCCAUCUCGCUGGACUUUCAUAAAGGCGACAUCCAGUUCGCUAAUAACUUGAGCAUCUUACAUGCCCGAGGGGCGUUUACUGACUCUGCUGAGAAGCGACGCCACCUUGUUCGGCUUUGGCUGCGUGAUCCCGAAUACGAGUGGACGAAAGCCAGAGAUCUGCAGGAACGAUUUGAUCGGGUCUAUGCAGGCGUUACAGUUGAGAAUUCGGUAUUUCCCCUGGAAGCCACUAUCCGCAGCAGCAAUGUUGCUACGUAG